AUGGGCGAUUCGCCGGCUUUUCUGGCUUUCAAGGAAUCCUAUGGUAACUCUAGUACGAGCAGUGUGGAAUCCGACACCGUCGCUGGCGCACUACGCAAGCUGGAGGGCCGUCCUACCCACGGUGUGACGAUCCCUCGCCUAGUCAGCGAUCGUGAGGCUCAGCAGAAGGAGCGUAGGCGGAAGACGUUUGAGGAGUUCUUGACCGACCAAGCCAGAGAAUACCUUUCGACUGUCAACGCUGCCUCUACGGAAAGCUCACGAACCAGUAGCUUCCCUGUCACGCCUACGCUUGAUGACCGAGGUCUUCACGACGAGGAAAGCCGGCGAGAAGAAGUCUGGAUAAGCAUGCAGCCAAGCACAAGUCUCCAAAGCUAUUGGUCGCCGAGUCUGGCCAGCGAGUCUGAAUUCAGCAAAAGCUUGGGUCUUGGGCGAUCGAUUGCAAGCACGAUGCUUGACUACAGACGUACCAGCACGCCUGCUCGAUCUUCUGUCCAAAGCAACUCUGGCCCGGCGUCAUUGAGAGCAGCGUCGCCCAGUGACCCAUCGGAAGAAGAAGAGAGCCUCAUAGAUAUUUGUACUGCGCGCUACAUACAGGCUAAGCGAAGUCAGCAAGCUGCCGCGCGCAUGCCGGUAACGCAAGCGCUCCAUCCCUCAUCUGCUCGUCUUGGGGUCAGUCGACAUGCCAGCCAGCCCAAUCUGUCAGCUUCUGCUCGCGCGACGGAUCUGGAUCUCAGCACGAUGACACAGCUGGGCGCUAGCACGUGCGAGAACGACAUGCUACUGCACACACCAGGCUCGGAAGUCUCUCAAUUCCAUCUGGAACGGCAUCCUGCGCUGCAAAGCUCCAUCAGCGCGCCUGUCUCACCAACGCUAGGCAGACGGACACGUAUGAUCCAAUCACGCGAAGAAGACUUGAAGACGCUACAGACGCCUCUCAUGCAUGAUCUGGCGUGGAUCGUUUCGGCUUUCGAUGCCGCUCAGCCUCCUGCCUUACCAUCUGCGCCAUCUUUGCCUAUCGAGCCAGAAGAGCCAGCACCCUCGACGCAGCAGCGGCGUGAGAGCAAGCAGAAAUUGCAGUAUACCUACACUUCUUGUCGCGAUCUGGCCAAAUUGCGCCGGGCUACUGCACAGUCGUUUGAUAUUGCCGAUAUGACGAGACACACCUCUCACGAUUCCGUCGACAGCACUUCAUCUGCUAUGACGAGUGACUCUGGUAUUAGCAGGCUACCACGUACUACCAGCCUCUCGCCUCGCGCUCAGAUGAUGUAUCGCGGCCUGUCUGCCGCAUCUUCAACCUUUACGUCGAUUCACUCCUCUUCGCCAGCGAUAUCCGAGUCGAAACAGCAGAUCAGGACGAUGCCAGCCUGGCCUUUGUCGCUCGAGGAGGCACCUUGCGAUCCCGACAUGACUGUCCAAGCAGACCGACGGCCAGGCUCAAGCAAUGCGAUGGCGUUGACGCCCAGAACAUGGUCGAAGCACUUUCGUCGAGCGUCUAGCUUUGUUCCUCGCUCCGCCGCUGCAUCGCCAACUUUCGAGCCGCCGCAUGAAUCUGUCACUGCGCGGCGAGGUGUCGUUACUCGUGCCCGACACUGGCUCAAGUCGGGUGAACGUAGGAGCAUUCAAAGCAAGACCACCCGGCAAAGCGCUCUGCUGGAAGCCGACAGACGCAAGCUCGCCACAAUGCUUCAGCCCGAGCAUUCUGUAUUUGAUUAG